AUGAAGCUAAACGGAUAUAUUUGCAUCUAUUUGUACGCUCUAUACACAAAUACAAUAUCGUCAUCAUUAUCUACGGGAAGUAGCGGCAAACAGAAGCUUGAACAACUGGAUUCACAAAAUAAUGAAGCCAAUUUUCCAAGGUUUGCCGAGCCAAUACCCAACAUAACUGUGACUGUAGGUAGAGAUGCUUUACUGGCGUGUGUCGUGGAUAAUUUGAAAGGUUAUAAGGUUGCAUGGGUGCGAGUCGAUACACAAACAAUUCUGAGUAUUCAUCACAAUGUAAUUACACAAAAUCCACGAAUAAUUCUCACACAUAACGAUCAUCGUAGUUGGUAUUUGCACAUACGAGAAGUUGAGGAGUCUGAUCGAGGAUGGUAUAUGUGUCAAGUCAACACAGAUCCCAUGAGAUCGAGAAAAGGCUACCUUCAAGUUGUUGUUCCACCAGUCAUCAUUGAAUCAUUGACAAGCAAUGAUUUAGUUGUGAGGGAAGGAACGAAUGUAACGCUUCAAUGUCGAGCAAAAGGCUUUCCUGAACCAUAUGUUAUGUGGCGACGUGAAGAUGGCAAUGAGAUGUCAAUUAAUGGUGAAAAUGUAAAUGUUGUUGAUGGAGAAAUAUUGUCAGUAACGAAAGUUAGCAGACUCCAUAUGGCUGCUUAUUUAUGUGUAGCAUCGAACGGAGUUCCUCCAAGUAUCAGCCGGCGUGUGAUGCUCAAAGUGCAAUUCCCUCCAAUGCUAUCGAUUCCAAAUCAAUUGGAAGGCGCAUAUGUAGGGCAAGAUGUCAUACUUGAGUGUCACACGGAAGCAUAUCCAGCAUCUAUCAAUUAUUGGACUACUGAGAGAGGGGAUAUGAUUAUUUCAGAUACCUCAAGGGCAGGCGACAAAUACGAAACAAUCUCAACAAAUAGCGGCUACAGCAAGUUCAUGAAACUCAAAAUACGAAAUGUUGGUCCAAAUGAUUUUGGUUUUUAUCGUUGUGUCGCGAAAAAUUCAUUAGGUGAAACAGAUGGAAUGAUCAAAUUAGAUGAAAUCGCAGCACCAACGACAACUCUCACAACGGAACUGACAUUUUUAAGUAAAAUUAAAAAUCGAAUCAUCAAGAAACCGAAUCAAGCAAUUGUGGAUUACACGGAUGAGUGGCGUAACGGUGAAAAUGAUUAUAAUGGCGAUUAUAUGCAAUCAUCACGGUCACCACCAUCAAUACGACAUCCACCUGGUGCUUUCCAUAAUACCGCUAUCGCUUCACGUGUCCUAACAGCUGUCACAAAUCGAAAUGAAAUUUUCAUACGUCUCAUAUCAUUAAUUAGUUGUACGUUGUUCAUUCAAUUUUAUUUCAUGAGAUUUAUGACAAGUGUAACGGUGAAUAGGUGA